GUCUUAGAAAUAGGAGGGCGUUGCUGAUAUUAAAGAUAUGGGUUAUUUUACCCAUAUCCUCUUCCUUAUCAUAUUAUCACGAUAGUUUCCAAGGUCAUUGCGUUAUGAAAAAGACGCUUUGUGACAAAAUAAACAUACAUCAAAAGUUGAUUCAGAUGAGAAUUCAAUAAAUAACUCUCGCAACUUCCGAAACAGGAAAUGCGCGUACGUCUGUCUCGUGCUGUUCUUAUCUGGUUCAAACUUAUCUUGUCAUAUCGCUGGAGAGGGUUUUAUAGUGCACGUAUGUACAUGGCUCAAUGCUCGUUGGUUAACUUUGCUAAAAAUUACAUAUGUACGGCUCACGUCGUUUCGUCGAGUCCUGCCAAGCUAUCGAAGCUACCAAGCGAUAUAUUCUCAAUUGGUCGAGUUGAGCAAGCAGAGUUUAAAGGAUCUAAGUAUUUUACAUUCUUACAGUAGCAGUAAACCUCAAAGAAACUAGAAGAGCUAGAGCCCAACACCCCGGAAGAAUCAGUGUUGAAGGACGCGGGAAACGAAGGGAAGCUGAAAUGGCCACCGAUGAAGCUAUGAUUGUAAACUCCACAAUGCCUACGACAACCUCCGCAAGCGUAGUAGAGGCAAAGGAGCCUCUAGCAUCUACGGUUAUCCGCCUGACACUCUCAUGUCUUGUGUUUCUCCUUAAUGUUAUCGGCAACACAAUGGUCUGCAUCGUCGUCAAGAGAAAUCGCAAGUUGAGAAGUUUCAGAAACUACUAUUACGGUCUUUUCCUAGUAAACCUUUCCGUCGCUGACCUAACCGUGGCUAUCAUCUGUAUGCCGUUUAUUCUGCUGUUCUACGAGACGGCAAAGUACCCGUUCGGGUUUUUUGGUUCCACCGCCGUAUGCAAGUUGAUUCCUACGCUUUCCCUGAUGUGCCAAGGAGCUUCUGUGUUCAGCCUGACAUCGUUGACUCUCCAGAGAUUUGUUGGGAUAGUGUAUCCAAUGAAGGCAAGACUGACCUUAGUUAAGGUCAAGCUAGUGCUUGCGUUAGUGUGGUUACUAGCGUUCUUCAAUGCUCUUCCUGUAUUAAUCACUCAGGACAGUGUCAAGACGCCGAGUUAUAAUCAGUACAGCUGCGAUGAGGUCUGGUCUAACGAGCACCUCCGACAAGGCUACACACUUUACCUUUUUAUCAGCCAAUACCUGCUUCCACUCAUAAUUAUAUCAGUUACUUACUCCAAAAUGGCAUGGGUUUUGUGCAACAGAGACAAGGAAUUUGAAGGGAAGAAAUCCCACGAGAAAAACGCCAAAGUUCGCCAUAUGAAAUUUAUUCGACUCCUAAUCGUUCUUGUGGUUACAUUUGCACUUUGUUUCCUUCCAAACCAUGUACUGUUUUUCUGGUUGGAAAACGGUUCCGGUGGCUCGUUUCCGUAUUUUCUGAUUCUUAUGAAGUACUCACACCUUUGCAUUUGGCUCAACUCAUUUCUGAAUCCAUAUCUCUACGGUGCUUUGGAUGAGUGUUUUGGUCAAGGAUACAAGAAAGUAUUACGCUCUUGUGCGAGAUUUGAGCGUAAAACUAAAAUGACACACUCACGAAUCACAAAGCAGCUAUCGCGAAUGUACUCCCUUAAAACAGUAUCAACUGGGGAUGAUGAUGACGACUCAGAUGAGAGAACGUGAAUAACUUAACAAUUAAGAUUAAUUUUAAAUGAGUAUCUUUACACCAUUUCGUUUUAGUUUUUCAUUUUCACAAAAUCUUGGAACUAUCAGACGUUUAAGAACACAGCUAUGGAAAGAAAGUUUUGUAAUUAACAUUAGAAUUACAAUAGAAAAGGUGUUUCCUGUUAAAAGGAAAUGUUAUUAGAUCGUGGCAUGGAUUUUAAAUCUGUUACUUAAUCCCUGUUAUGAGUUUUCCGUCAUUUAUUGGUCUAUAAAUUAAAAAUACUCCUUUCUUCCAUAAAAAAAAUCAAGAGCUAGAUUUGGUAUAAAUAUUCUAUAAAAUCGCCUUUGUAUAUGUGUACAUAAAUGUCUAGCGCUUAAUAAAUGAUCAAAGUGAAAAA